CACACUCCUUUGGCCAUUCUCGUCAGCGCUCUGCUCCCGCAUCAAAUUCGCAUUCACACACGCUUCUCGUCGUCCUUAAAGAGUCUUCAACAUGGCAGACCGAUUUCCUUCGCUCGAGGACUUUGAUUCCGGAGCGCAAACCGAAAUCCAGAACGUUUCCGACGAGCCCUCCGCCGAAGACUUCCUCGCCAGAGAAAAGGCUCUGCUGGGCGAUGAUGCGAACCAAUUCGCGACGAGCGAUGACGCAACCGCACUGGCCGACACCAGUGGAGAUCUCCUUGGAGAGAGCACUGCUGCGGAAUCGACCUUUGAGUCUCAGUUCCCCGACCUCGCCAAUCCUGCUGCUGGCCUCGCAGGAGUAGAUGGAAACAUCAUGACCGGCCCGUCUGUAAGCUACAACUCGGGUUAUCAGACAUAUGCCGCCGACGAGGAGGAGCCGGAAGUCAUCAAGCAGUGGAGAGAGGCCCGCGACGCCCAGAUUGCCAAGAGAGCUGAGCAGUUUGCCGCUCAGCGAGAGGAGACGAUACAGGAGGCUCAGCGAAACAUUGACGACUUCUACGAGAACUACAACUCCAAGAAAGAAAAGGGCAUUGCGCAGACACGCAAGGAAGCCGAGGAGUUCCUCGCGAGCAGGGAGGAUACCGUUUCUGGUGGCACCAGCUGGGACCGCAUCGCGAAGCUGGUCGACGUCAGCGGAAAGGGGGCCAAGGGCGGAGCCGCCGGAUCUGGCAAGGAGCGCUUCCGUGAGCUGCUCGUGAGCCUGCGCAAAGACGAGAAGGCUCCUGGCGCAACUGGCUACUAAUGUUGGAUAACAUGGGUUGACAAAACCAUCUUUGUGGCAUUGCGUUGCCUGGAUUCAGGGGGGGGCAAGGAAGGGCGGGAUUUCUGUCUUGCGGUACAUUUUGAUUUGCAACUUUUUUUUACCACGCAAAUACCGGGGUGGUACGAUGAAUCAUGGCUAAGCAUAAUUCAAGAGGAGAAAAAGGAUUGAUAACCAAGAGCUAGACGAGCGCGACCAGAAGCAUCGCGAUAUCAAAGUCAUGGGGUGGUGGCGAGAGGCGGACUUGAAAAUCCUAUAUUUAC